AUGCGGCGCCUGCCGAGGCGUAGCGUGGCCAGCAGUCCCGCGGGCCCAUCCUGUCCUGGUACUCGGCUCGAAGCUUGCGCGCCAGUCUGCGCCUCUCCUAGCCCAGCGAUGCAGCUUGAUCCUGCAGUAACACCUGCCUGGCCGCCCACGGACGCCGCUGCCGCUGCCGAGGCCGGGCCCAGCCUCACCGACCUAGACAGCCCUCGGAAGGACCAGCACCCAGAGCAACCCUGGAGGAAGGGGCCUGAAGACUUCGCUUUUGGCAAAGUCCUGGGUGAAGGCUCGUUCGCCAUCGUGGUCUUGGCCCGCGACUUGGCAACUUCCAAGGACUACGCGAUUAAAAUCCUGGAGAAAAAGCAAAUCAUUAGGGAGAAGAAGGCACAAUAUGUCACCAGCGAACGGGACGUCAUGUCCCGCUUGGACCACCCUUUCUUUGUCAAGCUUUACUUCACUUUUCAGGACGAGGAGAAACUGUACUUUGGCCUCAGCUACGCCAAAAAUGGAGACCUACAAAGGUAUGUCCAGAAACUGGGUCCUUUGGCUGAGCCCUGCGCCCAGUUUUAUUCUGCAGAGAUAGUGUCGGCCCUGGAGUAUUUGCACGGGCAGGAGAUUAUUCACAGGGACCUGAAGCCCGAAAACAUUCUGUUAAAUGCCGAGAUGCACAUCCAAAUUACAGACUUUGGAUCAGCCAAAAUAUUGGCCCCCUGUAGUAAGCAAGCCAGGGCUAACUCCUUCGUGGGCACGGCACAUUAUGUGUCCCCAGAACUCCUCAUGGAGCAGAGUGCGUGUAAGAGCUCGGACCUGUGGGCUCUGGGCUGCGUGGUCUACUACCUUGUAGCCGGGCUGUCUCCUUUCGAAGCUCGAAAUGAGUAUCUUAUAUUCCAGAAGAUCAUUAAGCUAGCAUAUUACUUUCCAGAACAAUUCUUCCCAAAGGCAAAAGACCUCGUGGGAAAGCUUCUGGUUUCAGAUUCCACAAAUCGAUUAGGCUGUGAAGAAAUGGGGAGCUAUGCAGCUUUGAAGGCCCACCCAUUCUUUGAAAACAUCUCCUGGGACGAUCUCCAUCUUCAGAUUCCUCCGCAGGUCCCGGGGUCCUUCCUCUCUACAUCUGAAGAUGAAAAUGACUUUGGAAAUGAUGACAUUUUUCAGAGCCUAGCUUCUUCUUCAUCUUCCUCCCAUUCCUUUGCUGCAGUACAGCCCCGCUUACUGCAGAGGCCCACUGCUCCUGUGGAGGGCUACAUUCAUGAACUGGAGGAGAAUUCUUUGGAGCUGGACCUAGAGUUUUCUGAAGAGGAGAAAAAACUCUUACUGCAGAAGCAGGCUAGUGGGAACCCCUGGCAUCAGUUUGUGAACAAUCAUUUGAUACUGAAAAUGGGCCCAGUAGACAAGCGAAAGGGCUUGUUUGCCCGACGCCGCCAGUUGCUUCUCACCGAAGGACCUCACCUUUAUUAUGUGGAUCCUAUCAGCAAAGUGCUGAAAGGAGAAAUCCCUUGGUCCGCACAACUGUGGGCUGAAGCCAAGAAUUUUAAGACCUUUUAUGUUCACACACCUAACAGGACCUAUCACCUGAUAGACCCAAAUGGGAAUGCUCAUAAGUGGUGCCAGAAGAUCCAGGAGGUUUGUCAAAGAAGAUGCCAGGAUCAUCCACAGGCUGCUGUCUAG